CGUAUUAAGCAUGCCCGUGGAGUGUAGCAGGGCUAACGCGCUCUGAAACAAAAUGAUCAAACACGUCUUUUUGACAGGACCUCCUGGUGUGGGCAAAACCACACUAGUACAGAAGGUGUGUGAUGCUAUGAAAUCUGCGGAGGUGACCAUACAUGGCUUUUACACCGAAGAAGUCAGGGCCGGAGGAAGGCGAAUUGGGUUCGACGUCGUCACUGUCUCGGGAGAGCGAGCACACCUGUCGAGAGUCGGAAAUGAUUCUGGUGCUUCAGCUGGAAGACGAGAGUACAGAGUUGGGCAGUAUGUGGUCGACCUGCCAUCCUUUGAAAACCUGGCUCUCCCUCUCUUCAGACAAGUUGGUGGUGGCUCUGCAGAUGACAGGCGGGUGUUCGUUAUCGAUGAGAUCGGGAAGAUGGAGCUCUUCAGCCAGGCUUUCAUACGUGCUGUGAGGCAGACUCUGGAUUGCAGUAACUGCUCCAUCCUUGGUACCAUCCCCAUUCCCAAGGGCAAACCACUUGGCCUGGUCGAGGAGGUGCGGGGGAGGGCAGAUGUAAAGGUCUUCAUGAUUUCAAAGGAGAACAGAAAUACCAUUUUGCAAGAGAUUGUGGCAACACUACAGCAGUGUCUUAAGCAAGGAUCUUAACACCAGACAAAUGGACUGAAUCAUAUGAGGAGAUGUUAUGAACUUUGUUUGCAUUGGGAGUAUUUUUUUUUCUUUACUAAAAUUUUAAUAUAAUUUAAAUAUAUUUAUGUAAAACUAAGAAGAACCUAAGACAAAUUAUUAUUCUCAACCCUAUAAUUUAGGUUAUUUGAUGCAGAGUGUCAAAUGCAAAAAAAAAAAAUGUAUGCAUGGAUGCAAUUAAGUGAUUUCUUUUUUUUGCUUUCUCGUAUAUGGAUUCUGACAUGAAUAAUUGAUUGAGACAGCGAAGAUUGGCAUCUGGACUAUUUUUUGUUGUUGUUGAUGGAGACCUUUGCCUUUUCUGUUCUCAAUAGGGGGAGGGUAGAGUGCAUACAGUUGAGUCUAGGCAGUAUCUUCACCCUCAAACUGAGUUGAGUGGUGGUAUAUAAAGUAUAGUUUUUCAGUUUGGAGUAUUUGCUUUUAAUGUCGGACCCUGUGGAGGCCUCAUUGUUUCUUGUUAGAAUCAAGAGUGUGCUUGCACAAUUAGGGAAGAUAAAUAAAUUAAUGAAUACAUUAAUAUUUUAACAGACAA